CCAGCCUCGGUUAAGCGCGUGGUUCACUUUGAAAAGUCUGCUGCGACACUGAGAGGCAACGCAUUCAAUUAAAACAGAGCCCGGUAGAGGUAAAGUUCAGACGGACCGGGAGCACGUCGAGCUGCGUUUUUGAAGCGGAACGGAGACGAGAAAGACAAGCGCUGGAGCUGUGGCUGGGUACAGUGACAGUAUGCUUUCUGAUGUCCUAUGUUUGGAUGAUUCGGGCGAGGGCAGAGGGCAUUUAGAGUCGUCCCUGUGAGGCCGUCUGCAGGGAAAUGUGCUGACAUCAGAGCGUUGCAUUUCAAACCGGCGGAUGAGGAGGAUGCUGCAGUGACGAUUCAGAAGAAGACGGGUUUUGCAUAGAUCCUUAUCAGGCUGUCAGUGUGGAGUAGAGCUGGAGGCUGCAGGGCUGCUGUGGGAAGUUCCUGAGAGUGUGCAGAGUGGCAGUCACUCACAGAGAGACACUUGUACAGAAAGUGGACUGGCGCUCUUUUUGCGGAAAGGAUAUAAAACGUGGUCUCACACCUUCGUCUCUUUGCACGGGUGUGUUCGUUGUGGCUGCGCCUCAGGGAUUUGAAGGAGGUGGGCGACUGGAGUUGGUGCUGGAGUGAUGGUGGUGGCGUUGCUGCCUCACGAGUACGCCUGGCAGGCGGUUCUCCUGGUGACUGGACUGGCAUCACUGAGCCGUGGGUCUGAUGCCAACCUGUUGGACACCAUGCUGCUGAGGAAUGGAUGGAAGGGGGGAUCGGAGCGAAGGCCGGAGGAAAGCAGCAGCACAGCGACGGUUUCAUCUCCGAACAUGCUUCGCUGUCACUGCUAUCAUCACUGCCCUGAAGACUCUGUCAACAACACUUGCAUGACUGAUGGUUAUUGCUUCACCAUGGUGGAGGAGGAGGAGGGGGGCGUGGCAGUACUCACCGCAGGUUGUUUGGGACUUGCCGGCUUUGAGUUCCAGUGCAGAGACACGUGGAACUCCCGUUUGAGGAGAGCUAUGGAGUGUUGCACGGAUCAGGAUUAUUGCAACAGAGACUUGCAACCUACUCUUCCUCCACUCCUGACAUCAGAUUACGUUGACAGCAGUAUCCAGUACAAGGCGCUCUUCAUUUCAAUAACAGUCUGCAGUAUCAUCCUUGGUCUUGUCUUCUGCUACUUCAGAUGUAAGCGGCAGGAGUCACGACCACGCUACAGUAUCGAUCUGGAGCAGGAGGAGACCUAUAUCCCCCCUGGGGAGUCCCUGAAGGACCUGAUAGAGCACUCCCGCAGCGUUGGGUCUGGCUCUGGGUCAGGACUCCCUCUACUGGUGCAGCGCACCAUCGCCAAACAGAUUCAGAUGGUUAAGCAGAUUGGGAAAGGGCGAUACGGAGAGGUCUGGAUGGGCAAGUGGAGAGGAGAGAGAGUGGCUGUUAAAGUCUUCUUCACCACAGAAGAAGACAGCUGGUUCAGAGAGACUGAAAUAUAUCAGACUUUUCUGAUGAGACAUGACAAUAUACUAGGAUUCAUAGCAGCAGAUAUUAAAGGAACCGGCUCGUGGACUCAGCUCUACCUGAUUACAGACUACCACGAGAAUGGAUCUUUAUACGACUACCUCAAGUCCAACACCUUAGACGUCAAGGCUCUGCUGAAGCUGGCCUACUCGUCCAUAUCGGGCCUCUGUCACCUGCACACCGAGAUCUACGGCACACAGGGCAAACCGGCCAUCGCACACAGAGACCUGAAGAGUAAAAACAUCUUGGUAAAAAAGAACGGAUUCUGCUGUAUAGCAGACCUUGGACUGGCUGUCAAGUUCAACAGUGACACCCAUGAGGUGGAUUUCCCUCCCAACCUACGAGUCGGUACGAAGCGCUACAUGCCGCCUGAAGUGUUGGAAGAGACCCUGAACAAGACACAGUCUUUUAUAAUGGCUGACAUGUACAGUUUUGGCCUCAUCGUUUGGGAGAUGGCCCGACGUUGCAUCUCUGGAGGCAUUGUGGAGGAGUAUCAGCUGCCCUAUCAUGACCUCGUGCCCACUGAUCCGUCCUAUGAGGACAUGAGAGAAGUCGUCUGCAUUAAGAAACAAAGACCUUCAUUUGCUAAUCGCUGGAGCAGCGAUGAGUGUCUACGGCAGAUGGGAAAACUGAUGUCCGAGUGUUGGGCUCACAACCCGACCUGCCGCCUCACAGCCCUGAGGGUGAAGAAGACCCUGGCGAAGAUGUUAGAGACCCAAGACAUCAAACUGUGACAGAGAGUUAAGAGAGAUGCUCUCAUCACCAGAGACUUGUCACUGCCACUGGCACAGCGCCACUUACACUGGCCAAUAGAGGAAAGGUGGGGGGGGAAAAAAAGAGACUGUGAAAGAUAGGACAAAGGAAACUGACGGCAAGGAUGAGCGAUGGAGAUAACGGUCGACAGGGAGCCAGAAAAGUGAGAGGCAAAAGAUUUAUUAUGUCAGGGGAGAUCUGACCUCCCAUUGUCUGACUCAGACCAAGUGUUCAGGUUGUGCUUUCUGUGAAAGCUGAGUGGUUGUCGGGUCCAGACUGUCCAGGCGGACAGGGAUCCUCGCAGGACAGGAGCAAUCAGAGGAAGCUCCUGCUCUGCUCUUCUAAAGCCAUAUAGCAGUAUUCUAUGUGCAGUCUUUUGUACUGUCACAGCUGUCUUCAUGUUUUUGACUCAGUCACUGUCAACUCCAUCCAAAGAAAUGUCUAAUUCAUGCUCAAUGAUAUUAUUAUUAUUAUUACAAAGCUGAGCAAGACUAAAUUAAUGAUAAAACAUAUGUCCAGCAGAAAGAGAUAACAGAUUUUUCUAUAUAGUAUUCCUAUGUAGGUAUUAUUUGAAUACUGACAUAACAUUUUUUGUCAGUAUUCAAAUAAUACCUCUGUGUAAAACACUUAUUGAUGAAUUGUGGUUGUCCUUCAGAGCUGAGAUUGAGGCUUUGCUCUCCCUCAUCGUCUCUUCUUUCCACUCAAAAUUCAUUUGUACAUAAUUGAGCUGAAAUCUAUUAAUAAUUAUUGCCUUGCUGGAUGUUAAAAUGUGUUUUUGAUGAUUUAUCUGUGUACAGAAUAUGUCCCGUUCACUCUACCACUAUGGCAUGUGCCUUAUUUAAUCUGUACAUAUGUGAUUAUUGAGUGUACGAGUGGAUCUGGAUAACAUUCCCCAAUAAAACGACAAUGCGUCUCGAA